GUAUCUCAAGUGAUCUCAGCCUCUUUGCUACAGCCAGUCCAGCUCUGCCUCCCUCAUGGUGCACCUCGUCAGGAGCGUGCGGAGCUACACACAGUAACCGGCACGAGCAGCCUCUGCACUACCAGCCCCUGCAGUACCCCCCAACACACACACAGAGAACCGGUUUCCAGGAGUAAGCAGAAGAAGUGGUCUUCACCAUGGGGAACCAGCACUCAACUCUAGACGACAUCUUGGCGGAGGACAUGCACCACUGGUACAACAAGUUCAUGAAGGAGUCUCCCUCCGGCCUCAUCACGCUCUUCGAGCUCAAGGCCAUUCUGGACCUGCAGGGAAUGAACGAGGACGCAACCAGCUACGUGGACCAGGUCUUCAUCACCUUCGACAUGGACGGGGAUGGUUACAUAGACUUUGUGGAGUACAUCGCUGCCGUCAGCUUGAUGCUGAAGGGGGAGAUUAACCAGAAACUGAAGUGGUACUUCAAACUCUUUGACCAGGACGGCAACGGGAAAAUUGACAAAGAUGAAUUGGAGACCAUAUUUACUGCAAUUCAAGACAUCACCCGAAACCGUGAUGUUCUUCCUGAGGAGAUAGUGGCCCUUAUAUUUGAAAAGGUCGAUGUCAAAGGAGAAGGUGAAUUGACACUAGAAGAGUUUAUCGAAGGGGCGAAGGGACACCACGACAUCAUGGACAUGCUGAAGAACUUAAUGGACCUCACUCCUGUUUUAAGCAUCAUUGUUGAGGCACGCAUUGCGAAAACAAAGAAAUAAGCCUCCCGCAGGGACGAGAACACUGGACAGACCUAUGAACCAACCCAGUCCUCUCAGAGCAAGAAGAAACGUCUCUUUAAUCAAAUACACCACAAAAAACAAUGAAGAAUUUCUUUUUUAUUAACUGACCACCUGUGGACUUAAGGCCAUGGACUGUGGACUAUGCACCUGUGCACACUGAGAAUGAUCCGAAACUCGACCCUUUUCACCCAUUGACACCUGUAACAGACGUGGUGCUGUAGGAGUUCACCCAGCGCGUACCCUGCUGUGGGAGGAAGGUGUGUGGUUCAACCAAGAGGAAUGAUCUCUGCCUCUUGGCUGGAGCCCCUAGCUCACCACUAAUCCCCUAAUCAAUUCACCUCAGGGAGAAGACUGAGCGCAACAUGGAGGCUUUUUAAAGAAGGGCUCAGCACCGAUGGGAACAUAGACAUGAGCGUUCUGAGCGCCUGGGGAUUGUCGCCAACAUGGCUGCUUAUGUAACCUGCACGCAUGCGAAUGUACUUGAACACAGCAUUUUGCAUUCCUGAGACAACAGAAUGAUGACAGAAUUCGGCAGAAUGUUGAAUUGGAACUAUACCCUGUAUCGGCAUAUGUUGCAUUUCUAUACUCCAUAUAGGUAUAGGUUGCAGUUCUAUACUCCAUAUAGGUAUAGGUUGCAGUUUUAAUACGCAGACAGCCCUACUCCCUUGUGAUGCCCUCAGACAGCCCUGUGUACCUCUGAAGCAGGUAUUUCAGACUAUUGCCUUGAAGGUCAUAUUUCCCAAGCCAAUGGGACUAGUCUGUAACCAACAACCUACUCUUAAAAUGACUUAGUGACGUUAGUGAGGGGCUGAAUGAAUAUCACAUUUUCACUUUACAGCUUAGGACUAGUUCUGAGGAACUAGAAGCUAUCCUCUGAUUGCAUGAUGGUUUCCUAAGUCUGUAUCACCUUUAUUGAACAGGGCAUGGAGGUUGAGCAGUUAUGAAAUUGCACAGCAUAAUUGGUACACACACCUAUCUUCAAAAACAAAACAAACAAACUAAAAAACACAACAGUGGAAAACUUUGGAUUUAUGGACAUGGACAUGAAUCAGAGCCCUAUCCGAUCAACUGAACAUUUACAAGAGACUUGAGAUCAUCUCAACCAAAACUGACCACCCAGAACUUGAUGACUAAGGCAGGAGUCUGUCUAAUCUGAUCUGAGGUCAGCGCUCCAGUGCCGCAUCACCCCUUUCGUCUCAUGCCUGAUCUCUUAAUCCCUUUAAGGACUUCAGAAGACUCAAGGGUAUGUUGCUCUGCUGAGAGGGGAGCUGACCAUGACCUGGUGGCUUUUUAAGGUCGGGCUGAGCAGGGCGCAGGUGCAGGAGAGGCUUGAGAGGGAGGGAGGGAUUGCUGACCCCACUGGGGCUUUAUGUCACCUGCCUGUGUGAGAACACCUGGACGAGGAUGAGGACAGUCACGGGCGACUCCAUGCAAGUGUCCAUUUUGCGGCACAUCCAUAACCUUGACAUACUGCCGUCAUCUUUAGUGUGUAAAUGAAUGUAAAUGAUCUACAAACUGAAUGUAAAUUGAGGAUACUAAGACUAAUACUACAGACUAAGGCGUUAAUUGAAGUAAUGCAGAUAUGUAAAAACUGUCAAGUGUUAUCAGUGUGAAGGCCCCAUUUUCAUUGGGUUUAAUGUGAGUUUUCAGUCUUUGCAUCCUUUACAGGUUCAAUGCGUUACGGAUGGACAGACAACACUGCACACAUCUGCAGCAUGGGAACCUCAGAUUGUUGCCUUGAGUAGUCACAUCACCCCAAACAAACAAUGAAAUCAGCAACCUUCCUCAUCUCAAACUCAUAAUCGCCAACCCAUAACGACUAGAAGACUGGAUUAUGAAAUCAGCAACCUUCCUCAUCUCAAACUCAUAAUCGCCAACCGAUAACGACUAGAAGACUGGAUUAUGAAAUCAGCACUUUAAACAUCUUUAUAGUAGUUACUAGGCAACAGAAAAACCUUCCCACGAGUCUCUUUUGUCUUGUCUUUGUCUAAACUCAGUGUGCACAGCGUACUAGGUGUGUAGGCAUUCAUCUCUCAUCUCUUCACCACAUAUACUUUAGUUUCAGCUCGAACACUAACCAUAGGGGUUUUCAUUAUAUUACAGUAAUGCGAGAUUAUUGCAUAUGCAUCUUUCAGUUAACACCAGGAUGACAACUGUUCAGCUAAUCAUGUGAUGUACUGUAUCCUGUAUCUUUAACCGUAAUGGCAUCAUGUUAAGUCACGUCAAACUUAUUCUGACCGCUGAUGAUUGAGGAGCAAUGGAGAGAGGUUUUAUAGGCUUGUUUAAUUUUUUGAAUGAUGUUUUUUUAUAUCAUGGGAAUUGCUGAAUGACUUUGUAUGAGGUUGAGAAUGGGCUGUUUUUAAGGUACAGUGUAUUUUCUUUAUUGUAAAUAUAUUUUUUAAAUAAACCCCAAAAUUAAAGUACGAAAA